AUGAUACUGGCGGUAGCCAUCCUUGGAGUCGUCGGUUAUAUGGUGGGCAAGUAUGGGGAUCAAGGGUUUGCGCACGUUAGUUUUGUGUUUGUGGGCAUUACGGCAUUCGCAACCCUAAUCUGGCACUUCAUCGACCUCACCACCCUCUGCUGCCUCCGCGACCGCUUCCGCAGCUUCUACCCGGGCGCCUACGUAGGCGUACACAUCUGUAUCUGCCUCGCUUGCAUCGCCACCAUGGGUUACGUCGGCAUCUGGGUGACCUCGGCCGACGAAGAAAUCGACCGCGAUCUCAACCUUGAACCCGACGCCGUCGCCGUGCCACCUAUCGUCGAAGCGCUGGCGACCAAGUACCACACGGCUGGACGCAAACUGAAAGGGCGAAAGGGGAAGUUGUAUUGCUUGGGGGUUGCUCUGCUAGUGAUCACGGUCAUGAUGUUGUUGAUCAAUUUUGUGCUGUCGAUUUUGGCGUGCAAGGAGGUGAGGAGGAAGGAUGCGAUAAGGGAGUCCGGGGGGAGGAUGGACUCGGCUGAUCCGGCGAGGUUUCGGAUUCCCGGCAACUCUUCGGCGGCAGCCGGACGGAGAGCAGCUCGCGCUUCACAAGGAGCGCGAUCACGGGCGGUACAUGUACCGGAGAAUCAGUUCCCGGGCUAUGUGGUAACAGUCAAUGAUGAUGUACUUGUUUCACGACCGCCGCCAGCAGCCAUGACUGGGGCUGCUAUGCCACCAAGGGGAGUCGACUUGGGCGUGGAGAUCUCACCGAGCGGCCACGAGGAUUGGAAUCACAUGCGGAGGGACAGGAGCGGGAGCCCCACGGAUAUCGAUUUGACGCCUGUUAGUCCAGGGGGAAGUAGUGCGAUGACAGAGACACUGACAGAAAAGGAUAGUGGCAUUGGGAUUCCCAAGUAG